CCAUUCUCCAUUGACCGUUAAGUACAGAGCUCCCCCAGGAAGUUAUUGAGGAUGAUAGACUUCGACAACAUCAAAGGACCGUGUUCCGGAAAACCUUCCAGAUCUCGCGAUGGAGGGUGAAUCAUCAACCCACUUGGGUGCACUAACAACAGAGUUCACUCCAGCGCCGAACUGUGCGACCCAGAGCGUCGGUAGGAACAACGUCCUAGAAUGGGGCCGUAUCUGUACGAUGACCUCCGGCUCUCAAUCGCUGGAAAUUUCAACGUCGUGUUACCCUCCUAGAUACGGUUCCUUUUUCCAGUCUCCCGGGCUAUGGGUUUUACUCUCCUGGACUGAGCUGUCCGUCCGGACAGUGACGGACACACAUCCGCCUGCACAGUCACGCGACAGGAAGGCGAUCAGGCACCGACCCCUAGCGCAUCGGAAGAUACUAUAUCGAGGGAUAUUUGGAGCCGGUUGUCAGUUGGAGAGACGGAGAUUGGCUGCUGUCUAAGGUAAGCAAACUGUCGUUUAGUUUCCAUUAUAUUCAAGUCUUUAGGGAUGGGUAUAGUUUCUAGCGAACCAAGACAGCACGCAAACCUACGGAGAGCUACCUUCGCCGGCUCCUCGAAGGCCAUGCAAUGAUUGACAAUCAUCUAGUGGCUACAGCUGCCUCACCGACGACUCAUACCGAUGUACCUCGUUUAUAGCUGGUGGUGAAGUCCUGUCUGGAACUUCGUAUGUAGAGAGUUGCUCCGCUGUCCAG